UGUAUCCUGUUGCAUUCCCAGCUGUUUCUCUCCAUCGGUUGCACUGAGGGGUGAUGCCCAAGGCGCAUCACUUUUCAGAACUGGACCAUGAACAACUUCAUCCUCCUGGAAGAGCAGCUGAUCAAGAAAUCCCAACAGAAGAGAAGGACUUCUCCCUCGAACUUUAAAGUCCGUUUCUUUGUGCUAACGAAAGCCAGCCUGGCAUACUUCGAGGAUCGCCAUGGGAAGAAGCGCACAUUGAAAGGCUCCAUCGAACUUUCCAGAAUCAAGUGUGUGGAGAUCGUCAAGAGUGACAUUAGCAUCCCAUGCCACUAUAAAUACCCUUUUCAGAUCAUGCACGACAACUACCUCCUGUAUGUGUUUGCUCCAGACUGUGAGAGCCGGCAGCGCUGGGUGCUCACCCUAAAAGAAGAAACGAGGAAUAACAACAACCUGGUAUCCAAGUAUCACCCUAAUUUCUGGAUGGAUGGGCGGUGGAGGUGCUGCUCUCAGCUGGAGAAACUUGCAGUAGGCUGUGCCCCCUAUGACCCGACCAAGAACGCUUCAAAGAAGCCUCUUCCUCCUACUCCCGAAGACAACAGGCGGUCACUUCCGGAACCUGAAGAAACCGUGGUCAUUGCCUUGUACGACUACCAACCCAAUGACCCCCAGGAGCUUGCACUGCAGUGCAAUGAAGAGUACUACCUGCUGGACAGCUCUGAGAUCCACUGGUGGAGGGUUCAAGACCAGAACGGGCAUGAAGGAUAUGCACCAAGCAGUUACCUGGUGGAAAAAUCUCCAAAUAACCUUGAAACCUAUGAGUGGUACAAUAAAAACAUCAGCCGAGACAAAGCUGAAAAGCUUCUCUUGGACACGGGUAAAGAAGGAGCAUUCCUGGUCCGAGAUUCCAGGACACCCGGAACAUACACAGUCUCUGUGUUCACCAAGGCCAUCAUCAGUGAGAACCCCUGUAUAAAACAUUAUCAUAUCAAAGAAACAAAUGACAACCCCAAGCGGUUCUAUGUGGCUGAGAAGUAUGUGUUUGACUCCAUCCCUCUCCUCAUCAAGUAUCACCAGUACAAUGGAGGAGGUUUGGUCACUCGACUCCGGUAUCCAGUGUCCUCCUGGAGGCAGAAAGCCCCAGUGACAGCAGGCCUAAGAUAUGGGAAGUGGGUGAUCCACCCCUCAGAGCUCACUUUUGUGCAGGAGAUUGGCAGUGGACAAUUUGGGCUGGUGCACCUUGGCUACUGGCUCAACAAGGACAAGGUGGCCAUCAAGACCAUUCAGGAAGGGGCGAUGUCAGAAGAGGACUUUAUCGAAGAGGCUGAAAGGUCAUGAUUGAAACUCUCUCAUCCCAAACUGGUCCAGCUCUAUGGAGUGUGCCUGGAACAAGCCCCCAUCUGCCUGGUGUUCGAGUUCAUGGAACAUGGCUGCCUGUCAGAUUACCUGCGAAGUCAGAGGGGCCUCUUUGCAGCAGAGACCCUGCUGGGCAUGUGCCUGGAUGUGUGUGAAGGCAUGGCCUACCUGGAAACGGCGUGCUUCAUCCACAGAGACCUGGCCGCCAGAAACUGUUUGGUGGGAGAAAACCAAGUCAUCAAGGUGUCCGACUUUGGGAUGACGAGGUUCGUCCUUGAUGAUCAAUAUACCAGCUCCACGGGCACCAAAUUCCCAGUGAAGUGGGCAUCCCCGGAAGUGUUCUUUUUAAGUCGCUAUAGCAGCAAGUCGGAUGUGUGGUCAUUUGGUGUGCUAAUGUGGGAAGUCUUCAGUGAGGGUAAAAUCCCAUAUGAAAACCGGAGUAACUCAGAGGUCGUGGAAGACAUCAGCACUGGCUUUCGGUUAUACAAGCCCCGUCUGGCCUCCUCUCACAUCUACCAGAUCAUGAACCAUUGCUGGAAGGAGAAACCCGAGGACCGUCCACCUUUCUCCCAGUUGUUAAAUCAGCUGGCUGAAAUCGCAGAAUCUGGACUUUAGCAGGGAUUCGUUGACCAGCCACAGCCGUGUAUCCUGAGUGAAGGAACAAUGUCCUUUUUCCAGAGCAUUAAAAGCUGCCAGCAGCCCAGGACCCCACACUGGUGCCUGGACCGUGGUGCCAGCCCCUACGCAACUGUGACUGCAGCAUCCUAGAAGAAACUGGAGGGCCAGCCACUGGGCCAGACUGGGCUACAUACAACAGUAACUGUGCCUCUGUGCCCACCCACCGCAGCCUCUGUCAUACGCUAUCUCAAAGCUCCAUCACCUGCUCUCAGAAGCAUUUCCUCCCCUUCUUAGCGAUAGGGAGAAACAGGUAUAGGCCACGUUCUUCUUUUUAUUUGUAUUUUAAGCAUAGGUCAAAUACUCAAGAGAUGUUUUAUUUGACCCAACAAGACAGUAUCCCCAUUUUCAAAUGGAAGGAUGGGAAGCCUCAUUCUUUUUCUAAGAAAUGCAAGAGGUGAUUAGCCAGAAGGUUCUGCUAACUGUGAGGCUGCCAGCCUCAACUUCCUGCCACACGUGGUGGGGUGGCUGCUUGUGCCAGAGGCCGGAUGUCGUGAGGUUUCAGAGCACACUGCCACCUCUCUUUGAUGGAGCAUAGAAAGCUUCAUUGGGUGCAUAGAGUGAAAUGACCCACUCAGACCCCAUGGCUGGACCAUUGCGUGUCUGAGAUUGACCAGGAAUGAGAGGGCCUCUGAUGGUGAGUAUCAACAGGUACAAAACAAGGCAUUGGCUUAUUACUAAUCCAAUGGCCCUGUCGUAGUGACUCGUGGUGACUGGGGCUCCUGUUCUAUGCAGA